AUGUUUUCAUUUUCUAAACAAAAUGAUGGUAAUAAUGGGUUUAAUACAAACAUCUUUCCAAAUAUAACAGUAUCACCCUUUAAUACAGUUAAUAAUACAUUUGAAACUACCCCAAUGGAAAUCACCACCACCUCUUCUUCAACAAAUUCAUCCAAUAACAAAACAUCAAAGAGUUCAAAAUUUUGCAAUUUUAAAUGGUCACCAACAGGUGAUCAAUUAUUAUUAUUCAAACCAAAUAUUAAAGGUAGUAAAAUAAAAUAUCAAGUCAAUAAUACAUUAUCAUCAACAAGAAAGUUUUUAAAUGAUUUAUAUACACAUUUUGAAUCAACACAAAGAAUUGCUAAUAGUCAAGUUGUACCGGAUGAUAGACUUAGAGAAAUAUCACACCUUAGUAAAACAUAUUUAUCAGUAAUUUUAUCAACUAUCUCACAAAUGGUUAAAGCCUGUAAAACAGGUUCAUAUAUUGACAAUGAAGAUUCAUACAUUAAUUGUGACCCAAAUGAUAAAGAAUUAAUGGAUAUAAAUAGAGAAAGAGUCGAAAAUAUAUUAAAAAGUGGAAGCUCAAAUACUCUUGUUGUAUUCUGUGGUAGUUCUGACUCAAUUUACCCCUUAUUAUGUUCACAAAUAUCAAACAAAUUAAAACCCAAAUGUAUAUUAAUCGCAAGAGAAACAAAUCAACCAACUCAACAAAAACAAGAUAUUAUAAAUACUAUAAAAAGACAAACGGAAAUUAGAAUUUUAUCAAAAGAAGAAUAUUCAAAUAGAUAUAACUAUAUUGCAGAAAAUUUUGGAAAUCAAGACAGUAUUGAAUCAGCAGAUGUAGAUGACGUUUAUUUUAAAUAUAUUGAAGAGAUUGAGUUUUUAUAUCUUGCAUCAACUGUUUGGAAAGUCGCAAGUUUAUUUUAUUUCAACAUAAGCUCAAGUAUGAUUUCACCAAAUCAAUUAUUAGAUUGUAUAGAUAACGAAAGAAAAGAAUUAAUGGACACCUACGAGGGUAUUAUGAAUAAAAGAAUUGAAACAUCAGAUCCAGUUUGUUUUGAUCACAUGGCUAAACUUUUAGUAUGUGGUUGUAUCGAUCAGGUUAUUUCAAUUUUGGGUUUAAUGAGCAAGGCUCCACGUAGUGCAUCACAAAUUACAUCAACUGCCAGAAAAUCACCAAUUAAUUUAUUAGUCGAUAUUCUCACCCAAAUUCCAUUAAAAAAGAAACAAUCAAACUUUAAUCCAAAUGAAACUUUAUUGCAAUGGAAGAAAUGGAGCACCGAUUCCAAAAGACAAUUAACACAAUAUAUUGAUAGUGGCAGUUCAAGUAAAAAUCAAAUCGAUGAAAAUCUUUUACCAAUUAUUAAAAUUCUUUUAGGUGAUCAAGAAACAAUUAGAUAUUAUUGUAAGAAUAGUUUCCUCCAAUUAGUCAUUUCAAAUUUACUCUAUGUAGAAUACGUAACUUCAACCAGUGCUCUUCGUUCACUUUUCACCCAAUGCUAUGAAAUUAUACAAGAACCAAGCGAAAUUGAAAAAAUAUUUUUAUCAUUUGCAACUAAAGAAAUAAAUUAUCCAUUAAAAACCAUUUCAAAAUACUUCCCAACUUGGUUAUCAACUCAUUUAAGUGAUUUAUUAUACCAUCAUCCAUAUUUUAUGAGAAAGAGUCCAAGUGAACCAUCAGAAUUAACAAAAGUAAGAGAACAUUUAUUAUCGGAGCAUGGUCAAUCAUUAGCUUCAGAUCCAGCAUUACUCCAAGUUGGAUGCAACUACUUAAAAUAUGUCGAAAAUGGUCAAUUUAUGAUUGAUGAAUUUAUUUCAAGACAACCAAUCCAAUAUGAAAAAAAUGCAUUAAAAAUGAUAGAUAAUUGGGUAACUUCACAAGAAACUAAAAAUUCAAUUUACAAAAUGCUUUCAGUUAAAGAUUUCCAAAGACAAAGAUAUGCAUCAGCUUUAUCAUGGUUAAUUUUAACAAAUGACAGCUCACGUAUAACACAACUUUCAAAUUAUCUUUUAGAGAAUCAAUUAAAUUCAGAUUUCUUAAAUGAUCUCCAAUCAAUUUUAGAAAAGAAUUUACAAAUUAACACUAAUAGAGAUAAUAAUAAUAACAAUGGUAGUGAAGCUUCCACAUUCGAUAUAUCAAGCAACAAUGAAUUAAUAUUUUUAAUUAAAUAUAGAGAAUUAAUUAAUUUAUGGAAAGAAAGAUCAUUUAAAGAAUACUCUAGCUUAUUAUGUCAAAUGUUUAAAGAUAAAAUUAUUCCAAAGAAUUUCUGGCUUCGUUUAUUACUUGAUUGUAUACCAUUAUUCGAAAGUAAUAAGAAUGUUUAUUUCAACUAUCAAGAUACCCUUUUCUUACAAACUUGUCUCGAAGAAAUUAUACAAUCCCAUUUAUUCGAUCAAUAUUCACAAUCUAUUUCAAACCAAGAUAUUCAAAUUCUUCGUGUCUCUUUAGCAAGAAAUUUAGCAAAAUCUAUUAUGGUUUCUACCAGCACAAAUAAUUUAUCACUAUUUUAA